GAGUUCUGGGAGAUCUGUGUUUGAGCCCUUGGCCUCCAUGGAAGACUCAUCCUCCAAUAGCAACUGCACUGAUGAAGAGGACUGCAUUUCUGAAUCUGAAUCCAACCUGAGCCUCUCUGUAGGCUAUUUCCCCUAUGAGGACAGCAUUGCCUAUGAAGACACAACCUCCUGUGAAGACUUGACUUCCGAAGGUUUUUCCUGCCACUUUCUCCCUCCCAUCCAAGGGACAUGGGGGAUUAAAAGUUUAAGGAGGCCUGUUGGGAUAAGAGAUCAAAUUCAGGACAACCCAGAGAUGUUUUCCAAACUAACCAUCUCACUGGCCUGGGAUGUUGAUAUGGGCUCUGAUCAUCAAGACUCACUAUCUAAUUUAGAUCUAAAUGGAGACAACCAGUGGAUAGGAAAGUGGCCACAGGAGAGGACAAAACUGACUCUCUGCAAACUGGACAAUCUAAUGCAAAAGCUUAAGGCAUUUCUAGAAAAUCAGAAAGAAGAUACAGAUGAUGACUCUGUGCUCUCUCAAUCUACUCAGGAGGAAGAUCUCCAACCUUCCAGCUACUUCCCUCUCAAUAUGUAUCAGGUCAGUCAAUAA